UAAAUCAUGUAUGACCAAAAUUCUUCUUUUUUUUUUCUUAAUUCUUUUCAUGGAGUAGUUAAUUUCUAAAUAAAUUAACAUUUUACAUUCUCUGAAAGUUCUACCACACCUAGGCAUCUACGACAGAGUCCAAUAUGGAGCCAACUGCUUCCCUCCAUUAUUUUUUAUUUCCCUCCAUAGUUCUUUUUUCGUUUCCCUCCUAUUUUAGAAACCGUUUCUUUGUUGAUUUGAUAUAAACCGUUCUGAAACUUACUUAGCCUUUUAUUUAUUGAAACUCCUGUCUUUCCAGAGCUGUUCAUCUAUGUUCAGAAAUCAGGACAGUCAGCACCAUGCCAAAGGUUAAACGUUUCCAGAAUCCAUUAAAGUCACCUCAAGGAUCACAUGAUGCUCAUGGAAGUUCUUCAUCAUCAACAACUCCAGCCCGUUCACAUGCUAUAGAGCCCUCAACAUUGUUACAAGCCCCCCCCCACAUGCUCCAGCAAAUUCUUCACUAGCUGAUGAAGCCCCACCACAACAAGAAGCUCCAACUCAGCCUUCUAAUCCACGUGCAACAGUUGCACGCCUUGGACGGGCAUCUACGCAAUAUUGGAGAGUAGAGGCAAUAGGUAUAUGUCUUGUAUAUAUGUUUACUUGACUUAAUAAAUAUUUUACUUUUCCCGUUUUAGUUGAGUAACUUGUUUUCUUAUUAAAGACUCAAACAACGUUACCAAGAUGAUAAAUGUCAAGGCUAAUGAGGUCAACAACCUGCCUACCGGGGAACGCAUCAUUGUGAACUUUGAUUACUACGGUGCAGCAUAUGGGGAAGCGCAAGGAUUGCUUGCUGGAUAUUGUGGAUUAUUGGCCAUUGAUGGCAAUUUGUUUCCAAUUAAUUUUGACAGGUGGUCAGGGCCAUCGGGUCUUCCUAAAAAAUACAUGGAAGACUGCUUUGAAACACUCCUAAAGCCUCGAUUCUUUUUUAGGACUACUGAUGCCAUUUCAUACAGAUAUUGCAACUGUAGUUUAAAUAAAAAGUGGGCUACACAUAGACAAAGGUUGUGGGAAGAAUUUUAUGACCCAGCCAAGUGCAGAAAUGAAAUUUUAAGAAAUGUGCCACUGGGUAUAUAUAGAGAUCAGUGGGCUGGAUUUGUCGCUUAUCGUCUAAAAGAAGAAACAAUUGAGCUUUGUCGAAGAAAUAAAGAAAUUCGACGCAAGCAAAAAAUUCCUCACACCGGCGGUUCAAAAGCUAACUCGAGAAGACGACAUGAGCUGUUGUUGGAAACUGGACAAAAUCCUAGUCGAGGAAAAAUGUUUAUCGAAACUCAUAAGAGAAAGGAUGGUUCAUUUGUCAAUGACGAGGCAAGGACUAUAGUGGAACAAAUUCAACUUAAUCAAGGCAGUGAGUCUGAAAUUUCUGCAAAUGAUAUUAUCGGCAAGGUGUUAGGGGCAGAGCACUCUGGGAGGGUACGAUGUAUGGGUAUGGGAGAAACUCCUUCAAAUACAUUCAAUAAUUUCAAGCGACGACUUAAUGGUCUGAACACUUCUACAUCUAGCUUUGAUUCGUCAUCUGCAACUUCUACCUACUUGCAUCAAAAGGUCGCGCGUUUGGAGUCCCAAUUAGAAGGAAUGUUGACUGCACUGAAGGAUUACAUGAUAUCAAAGGAAGGAGGGGUUCCUGAAGAAUUUGUUGAUCUGUUUGCUCCUCAACCACAGCCUAGCGAUGAUGCCGGGAGUGAACCUACUUCGCCGGUGAAUAUAAGAGCAUCAUCGGGUGACAUCAAUGGAAAUGAUCAAGCAAAUACUUAGAAUUUUAUCUAUUUCAGUAUGACACAACUUUUGCUUCUAUGAAUUUAACGUAGUAGUGUUUAGCAGACAUUAGUUUAUAUUACUUCAGCUUGUUCUGUAGUACUUGAAUUUGUGACUUUUGUUGUUAUGGAUCUUUUUAUGAAAUAUGAUUUAUGUUAUA